AUGUCUGAGACAAUUAAAAAUUUAAAAUCUAUUGUUCGUGAGAAGGAAGGCUAUGCUGAAAAUCUGCAGGAAUUAUUUUUUGCUGAUGAGUGGUUGAGGGAUGACCUAAAGCUGGCUGAUUAUGGGGUUCAUUCGAACUCCACUCUCCAUCUUGUUAUCCAUGGUUUGGAUUUAAUCAAAAUUUUCAUCAAUAUCCCGUCAUAUGAAAAAAUAUUAGAACUUGAAGUGGAGACUUGCCAUACUAUUGAAAAUAUCAAAUCAUUGAUUCAGGAAAGAGAGGGGACCCAAUCAAAUUGUUAUAGUCUUUUAUACAGGGGAAAGCUGCUUGAGGAUGACAGGACAUUGGCUUCUCUUGAUAUACCACCGCAGUCUAUCCUCUAUUUGGUCUUUCAUCCGCGAGAUGUGAUAUUGAUUUCUGUAAAAAUGCCCAAUGGAGAGAUUGUGAAAUCUGAAGUUAAGGCCCUGUUCACUAUUCACGAUGUCAAGUUGAUAAUUGGGAGUAUGGUUGGCUUCUCCGUUGCUGGUCACAAUCUACUUCAUGCUGGAAAGAAACUAGCAGAUUCUAAGACCUUAGCGUGUUACGACAUUGGGGAGAACCAUGUCUUGGAGAUUUCCACUCCUACCUUUCAGAUAUUUGUGAAGGACUGGCAUGGAAAGACUAUAAUUCUUGAUGUGCGUGAAGAUGAAACCAUCUGGUGUCUGAAGCAUAAAGUUUUUGACAAGCUGCAUGUACCAGUGGAGGUGCAGAGCCUCAAGUUUGCUAGAAAACUGCUCAAGGAUGACUUGGAUUUGGCUAGCUACAAUAUCCAAAAAGAUUCCACUCUCCAUUUGGUCUUUCGGUCAUCAACUGUCCACUGGAUGAAAUUUUCAGAAAUCGGACCUCAAGUUCUAGCACUACGGAAAACCACCCCCAUUUUCUAUUUGAAGGCUACCAUCCAGAAAAUAAUGGGAAGACGAGUGAAGAAAGUUCUCAUUGAUGGACUAGAGUUGGAGAAUGGUCUGACUAUGGCAGCAUACGGUAUUGACAAGGACACAAUGCUGAUGCUUGUUCUGGAAGUGCGAUAA